AUGCAUGGCGCUAUUCUCGAGACAAAUAUCAAUAGGGAUGAUGAUGGUGGUUUAUAUGCAGAACUGAUCUACAAUCGCGCUUUUCAAGAAAAGGGUGGAUCACUCGAUGGAUGGUCAUCAUUUGGACAAGGAUCAAUUGCUCUUAAUACUUCUCAACCUUUGUCAAGUGCUUUACCGGUUCAUUUGAGAUAUUCGCUCAUUGAAAACUCAACUUCACCUUCUGGUUUCAGAAACGGUGGCUUUUAUGGCAUCAAUAUUCAAGUUCAAAACUAUACGACAAGCUUCUUUUAUCGAUCAUUAGGAGAAGCAUAUGUAGCAGGUGGUCAACUCAGUAUUGGAUUCAGCAACUCUACUGGUCAAAUGACGUAUGGUUUAUCUACAAUCAAUGUAUCCAUAAUUCCUGCUGAUAAUUGGUUUCAUUUUUCGUUUACUAUUCCUGUCUUUAAUAAUACUUCAUCGGUCAAAAACGUUUUCUUUGUUGAAUUUCCUCCAGGUUCCAAGGGUGACUUUGAAUUUAAUCUUGUUUCCUGUUUUCCACCGACUUACAAAGAUCGAGUCAAUGGUGCUCGCAGGGAUAUUGCACAAGCUUUUGCUGAUUUAAAACCUGGCUAUGUUCGACUUCCAGGUGGUAAUGAUCUUGAAGGUCAUACCAUUCUUGAACGUUUUAUUUGGAAUAAUACUAUUGAUCUUCUUGAGAAUCGUCCAGGAAGACGAGGAACAUGGACAGGUUACAAUACUGAAGGUUUCGGACUGAUUGAAUUAUUAACUUUUGUUGAAGAUAUCGGUGCAAUACCUGUUCUAGCAGUUUACGCUGGAUAUUCAUUAGAUGGAAAAGCAGUACCUCAAGAUGAACUUCAACCUUACAUUAAUGAAGUUAUCAACGAAUUAGACUUUUUGACUGCCUCUGCGAGUAACAAUAGUAUGGGCGCUUUACGCGAACGUUUAGGUCGUAGCGAGCCAUUUGAUAUUAAAUAUGUAGAAAUCGGUAAUGAGGAUUUUUUUGCUGCAAGUUCAUACAGUUACCGUUGGCCAGCUUUUUACAAUGUUCUUUCUCAACGAUAUCCUAAUAUUACUUUUAUUGCUACGACAACCAAAUCUAUUAGCUCUCCACCAGCUGUUGAUGAUCACGAUUAUCAAGUGCCAUUGUUUUUUAUACAAAAUUUUCGUCGUUAUGAAAAUAUUCCUCGACCAAGUCCAAAAGUACUUGUAGGAGAAUUUUCAGUCAUCAAUGAUGAUGAUUCACAAAUUAAUAAUCCAUUUGGAGCAGGUCGACUCGAUUAUCCAUCUAUUAAAUCGGCUGUUGCUGAAUCUGUCUAUCGAAUCGGUUUUGAACGUAAUUCAGAUGUCAUUAUUGGUGGCUGCUAUGCUCCAGUUCUUCAAAAUAUUUUCAAUACACAAUGGACACCAAAUUUGAUUGUCUUCAACGAUAGUUCAGUCGUUAAAUCAACAUCAUAUCUGGCUCAAAAAAUGUUUGGUCAAAAUCUUGGUAAUAUUAUUCUCAAUUCCACUGCUACCAAUAGUAGCUUCACUCAUCAAUCGGUAGAAAAAGGACAGGAAGGCGAUGGUAAACUUGGUAAUCUUUACUUUGUUGCAACAAAACGCACCAAUGACAGCAUGUUAAUCCUUAAACUAGUAAAUGCAGAUCAGAAUGAUAUUUAUAUUAGAGUACAAGUUCAAGGUACAACUCUCUGCUGUGAAGGUUUCAUGGAAAUCUUGACAGCUGGCCCAGGUGUUGAUCCGACAACAGUACAGAAUACUAUGGUUAAUCCAAAUGCUGCAUCGAUUGUCAGACGUCCUUUUUGGUCAGUCGGUGGUGCAUUUUCAAUCACAAUCCCUUCGUGGAGUAUUUUGGUUGUUACUCUUCCUAUUUAA